UUACUUUUUCUAAAUUUCAAAAUUUCGAAAAUCCAGCUUUGUGAUUUUUUUUGUUUGUUGUAAAGGAGAAUCAAUAAUAACAUGUCGUGGUUGAGAUCGGCGGUGCACAAAGCAGUCGAAGUCGGCGGGCAGAACCCCAUCACCCGCACCGUUCGCGGUUACGCCGGUUCCGUCGUCCUCACCGCCGGCAAUGCCGUCUCCGGAGGCGCCAAACUGAUCCAGGAUCGCAUCGGAUCGAGGAACGUGAAGAGCUUUACUCUCGCGGUGAAGAGAUUAGAGGAGGUCUCGGUCUCUUCCCGAGGCGGCGAGAGAGUGCAGUUGCUGAGAAGGUGGCUUGUCGCUCUUAGAGAGAUCGAGAGGAUGACGUCGUCAGAGAAUGUAGAAGAUCAGAACCAACCUAGUUCCGAAGAAGCCAAGGAUUCUCCCAAAACGUUAACCACCGUUUACUACGUUGAUCCUGGUCUUCCCGGUGAGCCAAUGACUUUUAGAGAUGUGUUUCUUCACAGUGAGGCUCUUGAAGGAAUGGUUUUAUCUAUGAUUCUGGAAGCACCAAACGAAGAAGAAGUCCAGCUGCUUCUGGAACUGUUUGGGCUCUGUUUGUCAGGAGAGAAGGAAGUUCACGAAGCAGUAAUUCAAAAUGUGCAGGAGUUAGCUACUGUGUUUUCGAAAUACAAGGAUGAAGUUUUGGCAAAGCGUGAGGAACUUCUUCAAUAUGUCCAAAGUGCAAUCGGAGGGCUAAAAAUCAGUGCUGAUCUUGCAAGAAUAGAUAUCGAAUCCCAUGCUCUGAUGGAGAAACUUGAUAAGACGAAGGUCAAGGUUCUUGAGCAGGCUUCGAAUGACGAUAGUUCAAAAACCGUUGGAACCAAUGCUGCAUCAACCGAGGCUCUCCGAGAAAUUCUUGAGCAAGUUCGCACUUUUUCUAAGCUAGAAGCACUCUUGCUAAAGAAAAAAUCACUAAGAAAUGGUGACACCCUUCAACUCCACAGUGAGAAGGUUGAUAAACUAAAAGUUCUGUCAGAAUCUUUACUCAGUUCUACCUCUAAAGCUGAAGACAGAAUCGUGGAUCAUAGAAGUCAGAAAGAAGAAGCUCUUAGUUUCCGACUUUCCAAAACUACUGAAGUCAGCCAGCAGGAGAAGGAUGUAGAGGCAGAAUUAAAAAAACUUGAGAUCUUGAAGGAUGAUCUUGAAACUGAGCUGCAAAGGGUCAACACCUCAAUAACAUCUGUUCGGGCUCGCCUUCGCAAUGCGAGAGAAGAAAGAGAGCAGUUUGAUAAUGCAAGUAAUGAAAUUCUUUUGCACUUGAAGUCGAAGGAAGACGAGCUAACUCGUUCGAUAUGUUCAUGCCGGGUAGAGGCAGAUGUUGUAAAUAAGUGGAUCAAAUUUUUGGAAGAUACCUGGAUUAUACAGUCUAGAUUUGAUCAACAAAAGGAAAUACAAGUGAGUGGGGAGAUGGAGAGAUAUGGUGACCAUUUCAUCGACCUGAUUGUUCAACUCCUCUCUUUCUACAAGGAACAGUUGGAUCCUUCUAUACCCAAGAUCCGAAGAGUUAUUGAAAAUUUGGAACCAAAUAAAGGGUUAGAGGCAGAAAAAAAGAUAGACGAUAAGGAUGCAAAGCCAAUUGAUUCUAGAAAACAGCUUGAGAAGGAGUAUCUGGACCUAGAAGCUAAGUUUGUAACAACAUUAAGUGUGGUGGAUGCAAUGAAAAAGCCAUUCUAUUCACAGACGGAAGGUAUCUCCAGGAAAGACGAUAAAAGAGUGAAAGAACUAUUUGAGGCAUUGGACAAAACAAAACAAGAGUUCGAGUCUAUCGAACGCCCGCUUCUAGAUAUUGAAUCUCCUGCGAGAACAUCUUCUUCUUCACGCUCACCUUCCCUGAAAACGACGCUCGACACUCCACUUUCCGACACAGUCCCGAAAAAACUUGCUGAUGUUGACUCUCCAGACAGUAAAAAGGGGUCGUCAGAGAAAGAAGACUUGGCGAAGAAUCAGCUGGAGUUGGAACUGGACGAUGGAGAAGAGUUAUUGGCAGAUGAAAUCAAUGACUGGGAGUUCGAUGCUCUUGAGACACUCAUUUCAAAAACCAAUAGCUGUUUCAUAACUUUUUUCAAAGAUGAUAGAGGAAGAUGGAGGGAGUACAUAGUAAUCUGA